AUGGGGCCUGGUGGUCCACAAGACCCAAGGUUUGGUGGUCCUUCCAUGUCUGAUCCACGCAUGGAUCCUCGUAUGGGGCCAUCAAUGGGUGGGGAUCCUAGGAUGGGACCUUCAGGGGAUCCCAGAAUGAAUGGGACCUGGUGGGAUGGGGCCAAUGUCAGAUCUCAGAAUGGGUCCUGGUCAGGGCCCAUGAUGGGUAUGGGUCCAGGGUCCGGUCCAAUGGGUCCCAUGAGACCAGGCUCCAGGGGAAGUCCUUUCAGCGGGCCUAUUGGGCCAGCUGUCCAACAGUCCAUGAUGAUGAGGCGUGCUAGUCCUGAUCUGCCCAUGGGCAAUAAUAAUAGUCACGAACAAAUGCAUGCUAUGAAUAUGAACUCAAGUCUUGGUGGUCCAAUGUCAGCACUAAGUUCUAUGACUGGUAACCCCAUGACAUCAAUGAGCAAUAUGUCAAAUAGUCUCAUGAAUGACUCCAUGUCUAUGGGUCCCAUGGUUAGUGGUCCUCCAAGUAUGGGUUCUUCAAUGCCUUAUAAUAGUCCCCCAUACAGUGGAGGUCCAAUGGGUAGUCCUAUGAUGCCUUCAGGUCACUCUGGUUUGCAAGGGCCUCGAAUGCAUGGACCGAGUAUGGGUCAGAUGCCUCAGAUGUCACGGUCGGGUCCUUUCCCACGACAGCCAAGCCCAGGCAUGCGAAUGUCUGGCCCAGGAAUGGGCCCUGGGGGUCCAUUAAGUCCAGGAGCGCCUGGCUAUAACAACCAGCAGUACCAGCAAUUCCAACAGCAGUUAUAUGCCCAGGGCAGGCAAAGGCAGAUAUCCCCAAUGGAUGGUAUGAUGGGUCAGCCAGGCGGAUAUGGGCCCAUGGGGCCUGGGAUGAUGCCCAACAUGCAUGGAAUGUGAACUUGUUGAACUGCAUCAUACUGUGUCGAGUUCACUACUGUGAUUUAGGGGCAUCCAAAUGUGGAGUAAUGUCACAGCUGGCCACAAGUUGUGGAGGAUGUUGACAGUGAAAGGUUAAUGAAUUGUGCACUUCAUGAACAGACAUACUCAAGGGAAGCUUAAAACAUUUUAAGAAGAAAACAUUGAAAAGAAAAACAUGUUUUAAGAAGAGAAGACGAACAGUACAAUUAUGGUUGUGAAUAUAUUUUAUGUGUACGUAUUGCACAAUCGAUUUAGAUGACUAGAUGAGAUGGCUGCCAAAAAAGUUGACAUCGCUCAGUGUUUGUGUACAUAAAAGACAGGUGUAGCAAGGGUUACUUCAGAACUGACGCUCAAUGUGAUUAAAAAUUACAUACAAAUCCAUAGACCAUGUAUUGGGGAUAACAUAUGAGUUGCCAUAGUUACCAUUUCCUAAUUGAAUAGGUGAUCGCAGUGUGUGUGAAUAUGCUGUUUACUUUCUAGUGUGUAUGUAUCCAAAACUAAUGAGAACAUUAUUAAUUUAGGAAAUAUGUUGAAAAUGUUUGGGUAGUUUAGAUAUAUGAGUUGAUACACAGUGAAUUUAAAAUGAACAUUUAAUGCCAGGUCUUGGAAAGUGAACUUACAUUAAAUUAAAUACAUGUAUGUCGCAAAUGUAAGUGAUUAUGUUUAGAUUUCUAUAAUUCUAUUAAAGAUGUAAUAUGAUAGUACACUGCUCAAUUUGUUAAUCAAGUUAUUCAUUAUGACAACAGUGUUUUAUUUAGAUUCAUAUUGUAAAAAAAAUCUUACCAGUAAUUAUUUAUAUUUCGUAUUUUAAUUUUUUUAUUUAAACAAUUUAAUAAGAGAAUCAUCAACGGUACCCAUCUGAUAUUAAUCAAACAUUUUGGCAUUUUACCUAAAAAUAAUAUGCAAAAUAAGGUUA